UCGUCAAAACAUUUUGCGUUUACUUUCCAGAUGCAGGGGAAUGGAUUUGGCCAUCUUUCUGCCAUGAAUAAGAGGAAAUCUGGUGUCCACAAUGCUGUAAAACCUUCAAAGACCCCUCGGACUGAUGGUAGAACUCACGUGUUGGAGGAGGAGGAUGUUGAUGAGGAGGAUGGAGCCCUGCAAGAUCAUCUACUUUCUGCUUCGAAUGUCGGAGAUAUUGGUGUGAUAGAAAGCAUAACUUUGAGGAACUUCAUGAGCCACCAUUUACUUGGACCUUUAAGAUUUGGAGCAAAUGUCAACUUCAUUGUUGGAAACAAUGGAAAAGAAACUCAAACAGGAACAAGUGGUGGAUGA